AUGUUUACGGUUUUAGAGUCCCCAUGUAUUUUAAAACAAUACCAACAACCUAACAGACGUCAAUUUGUACAUCCUUUCGCACAACCAAUGGCAUGUGCUAACGAACUGGAUUUUUUCCAAUUAUUGCAACAAGUUGCCUCUAAGCAAGAAACCGUUAAAGCCCAACCACCUCGGGAACUUAGAUAUUCUGUCACGACUACCGAUGCUAAUAACCAUGUCAUUUCAUUAUACAAAGAAAUUAGUGAUGCUAGAUACGAAGAAAUAAUGAGAGGAGCUGUUGAGAAUAUCAAAGACGAGAUCUUGAGAGAACAUCCACAGUACAGAGUAGCUACUGAUUUCUUUGGCAACACAUUCUAUGUCAAAAACACAGUGAGCGAGCAUGAGUUGCAAAAUGAGAUCAUAAAGAGAUUCGACCUCAAUGCGUUCAACAAGAAGAUUGCACGCAAGAGUUUCAAAGGAUUCACCAUUGAAAUCAACGACGACAGCACCGAGUUUGUAGUCUACAAUGAAUCUGAGAAUGUGUAUCAAAAAUUCGAAUCGCCAGAAUUAACGACUUUGAAAAACGUCAGUGUGUCUGGAUUCAAUGUUCAAAAAAGCGAUGACCAACUAAAGAAUUUUGCAGUGUUAAAUAUUGCAGUGUCAAUUGCUCCACAAGCUGAUUUCCGUGUCACUGAUAGAGCAGCCGCACAAGCCGCACAGACUGCGUUAAACAAUCUAAUUGAAUGGUCCAUCCCACAAAGAAGAGAAGUGCAAAAGCAGGAACAAGAAGAAGCAGCAGGCAGAGAAGCAAGGAUCGAUGCUGAAAGAAGAAGACAGCUCGAACUGCAAAAAGCCAAAGAGGAAAAACUGUUGAAGCAAAGAGAAGAGGAGAAAAGACAAGAAAGAAUUAGAAUUGCCAAACUAAAAGAACAGAGACAGAAGGAUUUAGAGGCCAAGAUCUUCCAAGAGAGAAGAAUCCAAGAGGCUAAACUUGCUGAAGAGAAGGAGAGAAUCGAGAAAGAACACGAAAAGGCCAUGAAAGAACUCGAGGAAAAACAAAGACAAUUGGAACUUAACAAACAAAAAGAGAUGUUAGACGAACUGUUCCCAAAGAAGAUAACCAUCGAUUACAAUAGUGAUCACGAGAACGACAAGAGUGCCUCUAAAGAUGAACAAAAGAAAUCGAAAGUCCAAAAUUCAAAAAGAAGGUCCUCAUCACCACCUCCAUUGGAAGAAGUAGAAGACGAGGAAGUCAACCGCUACAGAGAGCUAUUACAGAGGUCACCAACGAACAACACAUCCAUAAUUGAGGAUGCCUUAGACUAA